UAGAGACAAAGAAUCACCAAAAGGGCAACACCAUAACUAGACACCGUCACACCGACAAGAAACUAAAAACACACCACUCGGCACGCGACGUCAAAACAACAUCAGUUAUCAUAUCAUAGAAUAUAACCUGUGAAAGGACAGCACAUUCGACCAUGACAGAUGCACUAACACUCCACUCCCCAACAAAGUUGCUAGAUGCCUUAUGUACAUGCAUCGAAAAGGAUAUCCAUCCACUGUCUGAAGCAGCAGUUGCGGCGGGCUCCAAACUCUUCGGUGCCGCGAUCCUACUUAAAUCGGAUUUGAGUGUUGUAUAUGCAGACACGAACCAGGAACGCGGAUCUCCACUCUGGCACGGAGAAACCUGGACGUUAAAACAAUUCUUCGAAAUCCCCGUGGACAAAAGGCCCGACGUGAAGAACUGUCUGUUCCUGACAACCCAUGAACCAUGUUCGCUUUGUUUGUCGGCGAUUCUAUGGAGUGGAUUUGAUAAUUUUAUCUACAUGUAUACAUACGAGGAAACGCACAACGUGUUUGAGUGCCAUGGGGAUCUGGAUAUUUUCAACGACGUGUUCAAUGUGCGCGAAGGAGAGGUUGCUAGACAGGCAAGUUUGGAUGGUCUAGUAAGUCAGGUUAGACCGCAGUAUAAAUUGCGCAGUAGCAGGCUGGUUGCACUCAGUUUUGCAGAGCUGCUUGCGGCGAUUGUAGAUAAGGAAGAGAGAUCUACAUAUGCCGACAAAGUGGAAGGACUUAAGAGGAGCUAUGGCCGACUUUCAGAGGCUUAUCGAAGAAACAUGAGCUCAAAGGAAAAUACCAUCAUUUAGAGUCCCUAUUGAUGUUAAUGGUGUCUAUUAUUAUUGGCUAGUUCGACGAACGAACCAGAAUCUGGCCCGGUUCAUACUUCACGUAUCAGCGGAUUCAUAUUCCUAUUGUUGACGAGGAAUACUUACAUUACAAUAUUUGUUAUGUGGAGUAGGGGGGAGUUUCAUUGGUUAUGAAGCAUUGAAGUCAUUCUAAUAUCAUUCUCUUAUUGUGUGUUCAUUGAAGCACCUGUUAGGAAGCUAAAAGACCAAGACAUAAAAGAGUAGUGGCGAGAAUCAUCCAUCAAGGACGUCUUUCCAGCCACUACUUAGCAACUCAUCCCUUUGUAUG